AGUCACCAUAUUUGGGCAGAGUUCAGGCGGUACGUCGGUGUGGACCAUGAUGAUGUCACCGCUGGCGAAGGGUCUCUUCCACGCGGCGGUGGACAUGAGCGGCUCGUACGUCUACAACGCGACGCUGGAACAAGCCGAGUCGGCCAACCUGGUGUUCCUGAAGAAGACGGGCUGCAGCGACGCGGCCUGCCUACGACGACUCAGCAUCUCACAGAUCCUGCAGUCGAUCCCGUGGCAGGAGUUCCCGUCCUGGGCAUCAGAUGAGAUGACCGAUCUGCCCACUAGAGGGAGCUUCGUCGGCCCGGUCGCCGUGGUCGACGGAUACGUCCUGGAAGCUCCUCCGUUCGAGGUGUGGGAGAAGAAAAGAGCCUACAACGACGUUCCCUUCGUUGUCGGGACGACGGAGCAGGAGGCCGACUUCUUCCCUCCAUUUGAAAACAUCAGCACGUGGACUUGGGGGGACUACCAGUGGUUUGUGAGAGAUAGACUAAAGUCCUUCAGCGAGAAUCUGACGGAAGCGGCGCUGAAGCUGUACCCGUCCUCCGACUAUUGCCCCACCAGAGACCGCUGCCCAGAGCGCUCGUACAUCACCAUGGUGUCCGACAUCAGGGUCACCUGUCCCAACAACGACCUGGCCUUGAGGGCCGCAGAGGCUCUCCACAGUCCCGUGUAUCGAUACCUGGUGAAUCACACGUUAUCCAAACCCAUCAAGCCGUCCGGCUGGCUGCCGUUCCCGAGCCUCUUCGCCUUCCACUGCUUGGACAGCUUCGCUUUCUUCGGAGGGCUGGAGGCGAUCCUCGGGGAGCCGCUCUCCGACAACGACAAGAGCUUCCAGGAUCUCAUCACACGCCACUUCGUCAACUUCGCCAAAACAGGUAAGAUGGCGGACGAGUGGCCAGAAUACCCAGCAGCCACUGCUCUCCUGUCCAGCCGUCUGAUCGCGGCCCAGAAUCACUCGUCUGAACGCUGCCAGCUGUGGAAGGACAACGGCCUGUACUCCUACGCCUGGAUAAACUGACCACUCACCAGCACCAGAGCUUAUCUGAACACUGAGACACUGCUUUGUGUCACAUAACCAGACCUGCGUCCUCGUCCAGCUCAGAGGUCUGGGAGUACAAAAAAUACAACAAAAAAAAACAAAAAACAAGAUAAUGUGACGUGUGAAGAAUCUUGGAGCCAUUUGAUUGGCUGUGAAUUUAAAAACCACAAAAUAACUGCAAGGUCUCCUCAGCUCGAACUCGUCUUUCCAUCAACUUUAAAGGGAUGAUUCACCCAAAUUACUAAAAAACAUUCUCACUUUCUCUCUUAUAAAAACUUUAAAGCUGCAACGAUUAGUCCAUUAAUUGAUUAGUAACAAACUUUGAGUCAUUAUCACCAUUUUGUGAUAUUUCAUGGACCAAAUAACCAAUUGAUUGAUGGAUAAAAUAAUCGACAGAUGUAUCGAUAAAGAAAAUAAUAAGUUAGUUGCAGCCUUAAGAAACUGAUCUCACCUUCCUCUCUAUCCAUGCAGAUCAUUUUGGUUUUAUUUCUACAGACCAGAGCUUAUCUGAACACUGAGACACUGCUUUGUGUCACAUAACCAGACCUGCGUCCUCGUCCAGCUCAGAGGUCUGGGGGGAAAAAUGCAACAAAAAAAACAAAAAACAAGAUAAUGUGACGUGUGAAGAGUCUUGGAGCCAUUUGAUUGGCUGUGAAUUUAAAAACCACAAAAUAACUGCAAGGUCUCCUCAGCUCGAUUUCGUUUUUUCAUCAACUUUAAAGGGAUGAUUCACCCAAAUUACUAAAAAAUAUUCUCACUUUCUCUCUUAUAAAAACUUUAAAGCUGCAACGAUUAGUCCAUUAAUUGAUUAGUAACAAACUUUGAGUCAUUUUCUAAGAACAAUGUCCAAAUUUUGUGAUUCCGAAUCAUUUUUCACCAUUUUGUGAUGUUUUAUGGACCAAAUAACCAAUUGAUUGAUGGAUAAAAUAAUCUACAGAUGUAUCGAUAAAGAAAAUAAUGAGUUAGUUGGGGCCUGUUCUCACCUUCCUCUCUAGCCAUGCAGAUCAUUUUGGUUUUAUUUCUACAGGUUUUCUAGAUUUCUGAAUCCGUCCAACACAGGUCUGAAAAAUGAAAGUGUCCCUCCAGAAACAAUAUUCUUGUUAUUCAAAGACCUCACUGAGGACAGUUUUAAUUCAAACUAAAGAAAUAGAAAGCCUUAACUAGCCACGUGCUUAAAUACAACUAAGAGGUAAGUCAAGAAAUGAUUUUUGGUUUGUAAUUUGGGUGAAUCUUCCCUUUAGCAGGCUGGAGGUUUGUCCACACAGAGCUAAAAGUAACUGAACAUCACACUGUUUGUUCAGAGUGAAGGAAACGUGAUCUAGACCAAAGAGAACGACUUUACUGGACUGUCGAGUUAAUGGGAUUUCAAGAUUUGUUAAAGUCUUCCACGAGUCGAGAUUUUUUACAAAGCAAUUUAACUUUUUUUGUGGAAAACAUAUCCUACACAUUAUUUGUCAAAGCAGAGUAUCUUACUGUGUGUUCACCAUGUCUGGAGCGGAUCUUUAAGGAUUUUUGAAGGGAAUGAAAGUUUAGAUUAUAAAAAGGUUAGUGGAAAGUGUAAAGUGUCCUUUAGUGGAGGGAAACUACCGUCCAAAAUAUUUAAAAUACACAGGAAAUUUGGUUUCCCUUGGCUGGAAAAUGACAUUCAGAGUUCUCCAAACAGCUUAAUAAGCAAAAACAACCAAAUAUGUUGUAGCUCAAACACAAAAGUAAAAUAUUCUACAUGAAAGACUCCCAAACUGUGUUAGUGUGAGGAGCGCUUUCUGUUUAAACCUACAGUACCUGUUGCCAGCUUAUCUCCACAAUAUCAUCUUGGCCUCAUUUUUUGGCCGUUAGUGUAUAAUGUUCAUGAAAAGCAGCUUUAAUUUGGAGUAUGCACCAUGGAGCACAAUACAAAAUUCAGAUAAUAAAUGUUCAGAUAAAACUGGCCACAGCAUUAGCUUAUUCAAUGUUUUACUUAGGUGGUCAAUUGAUUCAUGAAAAUCCAGUAAUCCAGGGACUGUUGGGUGUCAGAUAGAAGACUGUAAGAGUCAGAUCCAGCUGAUUACUGGAGACUCCUUGGCUGGAAAAUGACAUUCAGAGUCCCCCAAACAGCUUAAUAAGCAAAAAAACACAAAUACGUUGUAGCUCAGACACAAACUUUGAGUUAAAAAGUAAGACUCCCA